AUCGUUGCGGGAAAAAAAGUGUCAGAAAGAAGAUCCUAAUGAACGAUCCCAAUCCAAUGGCGACAAAAGUAUCAGGCUUUCAGCCUACCCUUUGGCCCUACUACUUUGUCCUAUACUAUUACGGCGACCGGCGUGAAAGCAAAUCAAACCCAAAGUCAAACGCAGUGAUGCAGCUAUCGUUUAUAAUCACAAAGCUCAGGAUACGAUUCCCAAUUUGAAUUCGCCAAACGAAAUGGGUCUUCUGGGAAUUCCCCUGAUCCUACUCUCGCCGCCGGCUCUCUGCCUCUGCGCAAUUCUUCUUGUGGGUUUGAUCGUAUUCCUGAACAGGACUUUGCGGAAGCCUCUUCUGCUUCAGCGACAGUUCAAUUCGGGAGGAAUCAGAGGCCCUCCUUACCAGUUCAUCUACGGCAACGCCCUUGCGAUUCGCCGGUUGACAACAGAGUCCAUGGCCAAGCCCAUGUCGAGUCUUUCCCACGACAUCUGUGGCAGGCUGGUGCCUCAUGUCUCCGCCUGGACGGAGAAAUACGGGAGGAAUUUCGUUUUCUGGCUUGGUCCUGAACCGACGCUGAUUGUGUUGGAGCCUGAGCUGGUGAAGUUGAUGCUGAAUGACAAGGAGCGAGUUUACUCCAAGGCGGAGCCUACUGACUACUUGAGGAAGCUGCUAGGAGACGGCCUGGUGACAUCGAGAGGUGAGAAAUGGGCCAAGAUGAGGAAGUUGGCCAACCAUGCUCUCCAGGCAGAGAGCCUAAAGAAUAUGAUUCCAGCUAUGAUUGCUAGUACGGAAAUGAUGCUUGAAAGGUGGAAUAACCAUGAGGGAGAAGAGAUUGAGGUGUUUGGAGAAUUCAAGUUACUUACAUCAGAAGUGAUUUCCAGAACUGCUUUUGGGAGUAGCUACCUUCAAGGCAAACUCAUCUUUGAAAUGUUAACAGAAUUGGCCAUCCUUGUAGCUAAGAAUGCUUUUAAUAUCAGGCCUCCUGUCCUAAGCAAGAUAUAUAGAACUAGAGAUGAGAUUGAGGCAGAGAAGCUUAAGCAAGGGGUACGUGACUUGAUCAUUGCGAUGGUCAGGAAGCGUGAAAACAUGGUGACAAGUGGAGAAUUGGAUAACUAUGGAGAAUGGCAAGAGCAAGCAAGAAAAGAAGUUGUGACUCAUUUCGGGAGCCAAACUCCUGACCCAGAUGGCAUUUCGAAACUCAAGAAUAUGAGCAUGAUCAUAAAUGAGACGUUGAGACUGUAUCCUCCGGUGUUGGCUAUGAUGCGAAAGACAGACAAAGAAGUUCGACUUGGGAAUUUCACGAUACCUUCCAAUACCAAUAUAAGGGUCCCAACUCUACCACUUCAUCAUGAUCCUGAAAUUUGGGGAGAAGACGUGCACCUUUUCAAGCCAGAUAGAUUUUCUGAAGGCAUUGCCAAAGCAACAAACAACGUUCUGUCUGCUUACAUUCCUUUUGGGAUGGGUCCUCGAGUAUGCGCUGGGUUCAACUUUGCAGCUGUUGAAGCUAAGAUAGCUCUUUCCAUGAUUCUCCAACGCUAUUCUUUCACACUUUCGCCUGCUUACAUCCAUUCACCGACUAGUACUCUCACACUCCACCCACAACAUGGAGUGCAGAUUGUCCUCCAUGCUCUGUAGAAAUUCACUAGCACGCUACAUAAAAUAUGCCAUACUGAAAUCACAUCCUGGAUAUAUCAAAGCUUGUUCUGAUUGAUCCGUUCUAGCAUGUGUCUUGUAUCAGAAGAAUUUGGAUAUGAAUGUUAGAUCUGUUGUGAAUCUUAUUCACAACCAGCCUCGCAUUCAUGCACUUGAGUAUCUCAUACAGAAGCAUAUGAAGUUGUUCUUAGCAGUAACGAACUCUAUAAAACCACUCAACCAAAGGCCAAUUGCAUUGUUUUGGUAAUUUGUGUGGCAAACAGAAGACAUCUGCCGUGUCAUUAUCUUUGUCUCCGUUAUUCAUAUCCUUCCAUUAGGAGCACAUGACAAAGCCUAGUAAAAUAAUGGCUACCACCUGCAUCUGCAAUAAACCUGCAUUAUAGUGUGUUAACUAUUUUCCAGUUUUUUAGUGUUCCUUAUAUUUUCCUUGUCAACUCUGCUUAAGAAGAUCCAAAUGAAUGACUUCAACCAAAUGGCGGCAAAGAUUUGUGAUAACUGUGUAACAGACCAUUUGAAGCUUCAUUACAUGAAUAUAUCUUGCCCCGGGAUUGUUGCUGUGGUUGUUUGUUAACAAUCAUGGAAGUCCAACACCCAAAUGCUCUCGUUUUUUUACAACAUAUGAAAAAUGCCGUGGCCAAGGUUAAUGGUUUUGCGAGGCGGAAGCCUUGCUUUAGUAUAUAUCAACAUCUAGUUCUCCUCCUGCAAUGGACAGUGACUGUUUUAUUAGUCUUGGUCAUGGAAGAUGCCUUUUCAUUUGCCGGCCAUCUGUAUUAUAAAAGACUUUCUGUCUU